AUGGUCGUAUCCGCCAGCUCUCAAAGGGACGGCACGUCGACGUCCAAAAGAGAUGUCACUCUGAAAAUGACCGACAGUAGCCCCUUCGAUUCGGCACGGUCCACUUCUAUGACUGCCCAGAGCAGUGUGAUCGGCUCACAGACUGAGGCUACUACUCAGGCAUCCCCGGUGGAUUCGGUCAGUAGUGCCAGUCGACAACUGGACCCUACCCAAAGCUCGGAAAGUUUCGGACAAGCGCCCAUAUCCUCAGAGGUCUCGUCCGCCUCGCAGAUCCGCAGCCAAUCUUCUAUGACCACGACCCCCUUAUCCUCCCCCACAACUUCCACGUUCUCUACAACGGCUUCCGCAUCCUCGGCUGCCACGCCAUCUACGGCCCCGUCCCUUUCUCUGAGAGCUCACUCACGCCGACAGUGGCGGGACGGUGAUGGCAGUGGUCCUGGGGAGACACAACAGACUUGCCAGACCACCACUGCAUCCACGAUAAUCACUUAUAGCUCUUCUACAUCCUGGUCUACAACAUAUAUCACCUCCAUUAGCACAAAGACUGUGGUGGUACCAACUCAGACGAUCUGGGGAGGAUGUGAGAGUACCUCGAGUACUGAAUGGGCUGAACCAACAUCAUCAAGCUGGGCGGACGGGAGUGCUUGGACAUACUCGAGCUCGGAAGAGGGCUACUGGGUGGAAUCCUCCAGCUCUUCGGAAUCAGAUGAGUGGUGGAGCAGCUCGUCAUCUUGGACAGAGGCAUGGUCUGAUAGCGCUUCAUCCAUACCCUCUACCACAGACGACAACUCGUUUAUCGCUGCUAUCAGCUCGACUACGAGUACCACAGCAACGUUGACUUCCCAUGGGCCUACAACAAUUUCCCUGUCUACUCAGUCGCCUACCUCUACGUCCAGCACCACACCUACGUCUACCAUUUCCUCUUCCGCGGCAGCGGUAGCAGCAGCCAGCGAUGCUGCAACCUCGUCCACCACCACAGCUUCCGCAUCCACCGCAGAGGACAACUCUCCUCAUAUCAACAAAUCUGUCUCGAUCGGCGCGGCGGUAGGCGGAGUCUUUGGGCUCUUCGCCUUCUUUGCAAUGUGUCUCUACGCGGUGCGCUGGUGGAAGAGGCGAGGACGUGUGCAGAGGACAGCGGAACUCAGGAGCAGCUGGUUCUAUGGUGGAGAUGUUCGAGAGUCGAAGAUGUAUGGGACCAACGAAAAGGGAUUCGAACAUGGCGACGCCGAAUCUCAGCUUGAGCCAGAAGCACAGUUGCCCCAGUCUCGCUUCUCGGCGCCUUCCCUCAUCUCGCAUUCUGCUAUACCCGCACUCUUGCGACAGCCGAUAUCUCACAUACGUCAGGGAUCCGGCCGUUUCCCACCCAUUCUUUCGCUCAAGCACCUCCGCCUGGGCUGGAACCCGGACCAGACUGCUCGGAAAGAGAAUGGUAAUGGGACAGGGACCUGGGUGGACAAGUAUACCACUCCACCUACAGUCAACAGUACGAGAAGCAGGAGUGGGCUGAGCAGGAAUGUCAGUCCGCCUCGAGCUAUGGAAAUGGACUCGCCUCUGGAAUCUACCCCCACGAGACCGAGACGGCCAGAUGGGACGGUCUCAGACCAUGCUCCAGAUACGGGUGUCACGUGGGGAGCGUCCUAUACUUCGCCCACUGUUGCUCAACCGCACCAUCAGCAAUGGGAACAUGGCCAAGGACUCGAAGCUGAAUUCGACCACGCUGCGCUCAGCGAGGCUUCCCAUUCCGUCUACUCUCGCACAUCCACUUAUACGCAGCACGGCAAUGCUCUCAGCAGAGGCAGCACGCUCAAGUCGAUGCAGGCUGGAGGUGCAGGCGGGGCCAAUGAGGCUGCGGCAACCUUCCCGAUGCCUCCUGUCGACCAUCCCUUCCUCCAUAGUCGAUCUUCGAGCAAUAUCCAGACUGAGAGAUCUCUGCCCCCUCCUCCCCUGCCAGAGAUUCCCGCCAUCACCUUCUCGCCCAACUUUUCUCAUCCUGUCUCUCAAGAUUACUCUAUCACACGUUCUACCCAGCACUCUUCCGGGGUCUGGGAGUACUCUGGAUAUGACGACUCUAGCAGACAUACUCCAUUAUCGGGGACUUUGCAGCUUUCUCGUGAAGCUCCCCUGAUCCAGGGAGGUGUUGAUGACGAGUACAGAGCCACGCGAGACUGGUACGAGAAAUCCAUAUGGGAUGGAGGCAUCACGGAAUCUAGUACUGUACCACAUCGUCCGGAGGCUCUAGGUCACUCAAGUCGGAAGAGUGUCAAGAGUGUGAGAUGGGGAGACGAGGAGAGGGACCUGCAGGACGGUGUUCCUCGAGCAAUUUAG